AUGGAUUCUGCGCUGGCCGUCACCGGCGCCAUGGAUGCUCCGGUUAGUUCUUCGCUGGCCGACAUGGGCGCCAUGGAGGCUCCGGUGAGCUCUUGGCUGGCCGACAUGGGCUCCAUGGAUGCUGCAAUGAGUUCUUCCCUUGGUGUCACGGGUCCCCUUCUCAGGAAGCUAGAUUCGCUGCUGCCUCUCAAUUACCGGCUGCGAGGGCUACUCAAGGACAGAGUCGUGCUCCUCAGGGCAGAUCUGGAAGAAAUAAGUGUCGCCCUUGUGGAGCAGUCAAUGGUAGAUUCCCCCAAUGAGAUGGCAAAAUACUGGAUGAAUGAGGUGCGUGAACUUUGCUAUGAUAUCGAGGAUUUCAUCGAUGACAUGAUGUUGACGCAUGCCGAUGCCAAGAUGAGGUCGGUGCAGAGCUUCAAGGUUGGCCGUGUCAAGAUCCCUUGGCUUUCCAAUACGGUGAGGCCGUGCACGAGGGCCGCCAAGAUCGCAGAACUCAGGGACCUGGUGCGGGAGGCGAUUGAACGACAUGGAAGGUAUCUUGAUGGUUGCACCUCGAGUUCUAGAUCUCUGUUCACGGUGUACGGCCAUAUUCCAUUCAUGUAUGCAGAGGCUGCAAACUACCUUGUUGGCAUCGACGACGCCAAGACAAAACUUAUCAAAUGGAUUACCGACAAGGAGCAGCAUCCAGCAGAGACUACAAACUACCUUGUUGGUGUGAACGACGCAAAGACAAAGCUUAUCAAGUGGCUCACCAAUGAAAAGGAACAGCAGCUGAAAAUGGUGGCCAUAACUGGACAUGCAGGGGUUGGCAAGACCACGCUUGCAAAACAGCUGUCCCGUGAAAUUGGGCAGCAAUUCGAGUGCCGUGCUUUUGUGCGGGCAUCUCGGAAACCUGACAUGAGAAGACUGCUUGAAGGUAUCCUCUCUCAAGUUCAGCAGCAUCGAUGCCCCUCUAAUUCCUACACAGUGCAAAACCUCAUUGACAAUCUAACCAAACAUCUCCAGAAUAAGAGAUAUUUUAUUGUAAUUGAUGAUUUGUGGGAAACAACAUCGUGGGAUAUUCUUGCUAGUUCAUUCCCGGAAGGUAAUAACUGCAGUAGAAUAAUAGCAACCACAGAAAUUGAGGAAGUAGCUCUGGAAUGCUGUGAUUAUCAAUCUGAUAAUAUUCUGAAGAUGAAACCUCUUGGCGGGGAAGACUCUGGUAAACUGUUACUCAACCUGGUUUUUGGUCCUGAACGUCUGUGCCCUGAACAAUUAAAGGGGGCUUUGGACAUAAUCAUAACAAGAUGUGCUGGUUUGCCACUAGCAACCAUUUGUGUAUCUGGUCUUUUAACAACCCAGCCGGACAACCCUAAACUUUGGCAGCAUGUGCAGGAUUUUUUGUGUUCCAGUUUGAGUACAGAUUGUACUUUGGAAGAUACACUGCAGGAAGUACUAAAGCUUAGUUACAAUAGUCUUCCUCACUAUUUGAAGACAUGCUUGAUGUAUCUGAGUGUGUAUCCGGAGGGCUGCACAAUGUGGAAGUUUGAUUUGGUUAAGCAGUGGAUAGCAGAAGGUUUCAUCUGUGCAGUAGAAGGAAUAGACACAGGGGAAGUUGCAGAUAGCUAUUUUGAAGAGCUUGUCAUCAGGGGAAUGAUCCAACCUGUGGAUAUCAACUACAGUGGUGAGGUGUUGUCCUGCACACUGCACCAUGUUGUACUGGAUCUAGUUACACUUGAGUCCACUGAAGAGAGAUUUAUCACAACAUUAGAUUACUCACAGACCAUCACAGGACAUUAUAGCAAGGCUCGUUGGCUAUCGCUCCACUUCAGCAAUCCCAGAUACGCAAAGAAACCAACUGGCCUAACACUGUCAAAAGCUCGAUCAAUUGCCUUUUUUGGAAUCCUCAAGUGUGUGCCUACAAUUGUGGGAUUUAAGCAUCUCCGAGUUCUAAUCCUGGAGUUUUGGGGUGAUCAACAAGGGAUCACGAGUUUUGACCUCACAGGAAUUUGUAGAUUUUUUCAGCUGAGAUAUUUGAAGAUUUCAUGUGAUGCCAGUGUAGAGGUAGAACUACCAACCCGUAUGCGAAUGCUGCGAUACUUGGAAACACUGAUAAUUGAUGCAGCAGUGUCUGCAGUUCCAUCAGAUAUUGUUCAUCUCCCAGGCUUGUUGCAUCUCUCUCUUGGAGAUAAGACAGAUCUACCUGAUGAGAUUGGUCGCAUCAGAUCUUUGCGUGCGCUACAUUGUUUUGACCUUAGCAGUAACUCUGAAGACAGUGUACUGAGCCUUGGUGAUCUGUUAAACCUGCAAGAUCUUAACCUCACUUACUGUACAGAAGAGUCAGAUGACCAUCUGAAGAGAAACCUGGCAGCUCUAUCCUCUUCUCUUGGGAAACUUGUGAAUCUCAAAUCUGUCAUUCUGGCUCCUGGUGCUUCAGGAACGGCAAUCUACCAUGAUAUGUUGAGCAGCAUGUCCUCUCUUCCCCUAUUUCUUCAGAGACUUGAGUUGUUGCCCCCCAUUUGUAUCUUCUCCAGGCUUCCGCAGUGCCUUGGCCAACUCCGCAAACUCUGUAUUCUGACAGUUGUUGUUAGUGAGCUGUUGAUGGAAGAUAUGGAUAUACUGACAGGAUUGCCUGCCCUCACUGUUUUCUCACUCUAUGUCCGGCAACCCACGGAAGAAAGCAUCAUCUUCAAAAAAAGGGCAUUCCUUGGUCUCAAGUGUUUCAAAUACACAUGUGGUGUACUGCCCCUCACCUUUCAGGAAGAAGCAUUUCCCAAUCUUCAGAGGCUCGAGCUAAGUUUCAAUGCUCACAGAGGAGAACAUUAUCAUGAUUUUCUUUCGGGCAUUGGUUACCUGCUAAAUCUCAAGGAAAUUGCUGGAACGAUUGGGGCAGCCACAGGUGCUGAGGAAUCUGACAGGAGGGUUGCAGAGUGUGCUUUCAUAGAUGCCAUUCGCAAGCAUCCAAGGUUUCAUAGUUACGAUCACACAAGAAGAGUAGACUCGGUUCAGGAAGAAUACUCCUUAUCUGACAGGAGGGUUGCAGAGUUUGCUUUCACAGACGCCAUUCACAAGCAUCCAAGGUUUCCUAGAUACGACUACACAAAAAAAGUAGACUUGGUUCACCAAGGAUACUACUUAGACCUCACAGGCAUUGGUACCAUAUCACCCAGGUCGUCUUUCCUUAAUGCCUGCGCAGCCAGGCAGAGCCGAAAGAUCUUGCUCGGUAAAAUGGUUGGGCUUGGACUAAUGGAUUCUGUCAGUGAUGAAAACCCCACAACCUUGGGCAGCAGGGAGGCUUCUUUUCUUCGAUCUGAGAUGAGGAUUACUGACAACUUAACUCAGGAGAACAGCUUCUCUGAUGAGAGUGGGUGUGAGGAGAGUUUGGCCCCUCAUCUGAAAGUGGGCACCAUGAGCUUCUGUUGUUUUUGCGGUCAGAAGCUCAAAAAAGGGGAAGCCAUCUAUAUUUACCAGGGUGACAAAGCCUUCUGCAGCAUGGAGUGCAGGCUGCCCUUCUUGGAAAAUGACAUCCUUCUCGCAAAAAGAAAAGAAAAAAAGGAAGAUGGCAUCGAAGGUCCCAUUUUCCAACAUGCUGCCCAUGAGCUUUCUGAUCUCAGCGGCCCAUCCUUUGACAUGUUCCAACUGAUCCCAGCUGCACCGCAGCUGCUGCGGCGGCAAGCGGAAGCGGACAGAGCAGUUGGACAGUUAUGGAUCGACAAAUUCAUUUCGUUGCCGAAAGACAUGGGGGCACUCAACUGUGGAGCUUUUGUUGCAGGGAUUCUCGCGCCGUACCAAGGGAGCUUAGAAGGGAUGACGCCUAUGAAGGUGUACGGAUGGGCGGUGUCGCCAUGGAUGGCCCGGGUCCUCGUCUGCCUAGAGGAGGCCGGCGCCGAGUACGAGUUCGUGCUCAUGAGCAGGAGCGGCUUUCCCACUUGCAUGGACAUGCGUCGCCGCUUUCCCACCUACGCCAGCCCCGUUCAAUCUCACCUCCCGCGGUCGCCCACCUGCAUCGGGCGAAUAGCUUCUGAUUUGAAGGAAUGCGGCCAUUUUGAGUGGAUGAAUAAGUACAUUCGGGAUCGAUGGUUUCAAGUUAAAGUGCUGCCCCCAAUUCAGGGACUUCCAAUUUAG